AUGCUAGGCUUGAAUGACACUCCCUUCCAGCCAGCCACACUAGAGCUGACAGGCAUUCCUGGGAUGCACACGGGCCAUGCUUGGAUUGCCCUGCUCUUCUGCUUCUUCUACUUCAUCUCCAUUGCAGGCAACCUCAGUAUCCUCGCUCUGGUCAUUCGGGAACCUCCUCUGCACCAACCCAUGUACUAUUUUCUCUCUAUGCUCUCUCUCAAUGAUCUGGGAGUGUCCUUAUCCACGCUUCCCACGGUGCUUGCUACCUUCUGCUUCAACUACCGCCAUGUUGGUUUUGACGCCUGUCUGGUCCAGAUGUUCUUCAUCCACACAUUUUCUUUCAUGGAAUCAGGCAUACUUCUUGCCAUGAGCUUUGAUCGUUUUGUGGCUAUCUGUGACCCACUACGUUAUUCUGCGGUGCUUACCAACAGCCGCAUUUUGGCUAUGGGCCUGGCUAUCCUCACCAAAAGCUUCAGUACCCUCUUCCCUUUCCCCUUCCUCGUGAAGCGUUUGCCGUUUUGCAAGGGCAACGUGUUGCAUCACUCCUACUGCCUCCAUCCGGAUUUGAUGAAAGUGGCAUGUGGGGACAUCCAUGUCAACAAUGUCUACGGACUCUUUGUAGUCAUUUCCACUUAUGGCGUGGACUCCGUUUUCAUCCUUCUGUCCUACGCAUUGAUCUUGCGAGCUGUGAUGGUCAUUGCAUCCCAGGAGCAGCGGCUAAAGGCACUCAACACCUGCAUGUCACACAUUUGUGCGGUGCUGGCCUUCUAUGUGCCCAUAAUUGCUGUCUCCAUGACCCACCGCUUCUGGAAGAGUGCUCCAGCUGUUGUUCAUGUUAUGAUGGCCAAUGUUUAUCUGUUUGUACCUCCCAUGCUCAACCCUAUUAUCUAUAGCGUCAAGACUAAGGAGAUCCGCAGAGGAUUCCUUAAGGUCUUCCGUAAAUCUGAAACCUGA